UCUCUGCCUGUCUGAGCCACAGCAUCCGAGGAUUAUCCCUCAGUCAGUGAGAAACACACACAAACUUUGCAUAACGCUCCAGUAAGGAAAAAUCCCAAAAUCUCAGGUUAGGGGCGACUGGUUCCUCUCUCUCUCUCUCUGAUCUGCACGCUAAUGCACCGUCAGCACCACAGGCAGCACCAGGCAAACAUCAACACACAGAAGGGGAGGCGAUGAAGCUGCCCGCUGGAGGAGCCCACGUGUCUCUCUUCCCCUAGCUGUAGCCUUAGCUGCUGUUCACCGAGACUGGAGUGCAUGAGGAGUGCCCCUUUUGCUGCACACCCCCACAGCCUGAAGCCACCCUGCCAAAUCUGGGACCAUGUCUGGAGCAUACGACGAGUCGGCCAGCCUGGAGGAGACCACAGACAGCUUCUGGGAGGUUGGGAACUACAAACGAACAGUGAAGCGGAUUGAUGACGGUCACCGGCUCUGUAAUGACAUGAUGAACUGCAUCCAGGAGCGUGCCAAAAUUGAGAGAGCCUAUUCUCAGCAGCUGACCGAAUGGUCCAAGAGAUGGAGGCAGCUGGUAGACAGAGGUCCGCAGUACGGCACGGUGGAGCGCGCUUGGAUGGCAGUGAUGACAGAAGCAGAAAAGGUCAGCGACCUCCACCAGGACGUGAAGAACAACCUGGUCAACGUCGACUUUGAGAAGGUGAAAAGCUGGCAGAAAGAAUCGUACCACAAGCAGAUGAUGGGAGGAUUCAAGGAGACCAAAGAGGCUGAGGAAGGUUUUAAGAAGGCUCAGAAACCCUGGGCCAAGAAGCUGAAAGAGCUGGAGGCUGCCAAGAAGCUGUACCAUGUGGCCUGCAAAGAGGAGAAGAUGGCCACCACCAGAGAGGCCAACAGUAAGGCAGACCCCGCUGUGACACCUGACCAGCUGAAGAAACUCCAGGAGAAAGUGGACAAGUGCAAACAGGACUCGCAGAAGGCAAGAGAGAAGUAUGAGAAGGCUCUGGAUGAGCUGAACAAAUGCACCCCACACUAUAUGGAAAACAUGGAGCAGGUGUUUGAGCAAUGCCAGCAGUUUGAAGAGAAGAGGCUGAGCUUCCUCAGGGAGGUGCUGUUGGGUGUCAAACGCCACAUCAACCUCACAGAGAACCAAAGAUAUGCUACAGUGUAUAGAGAACUUGAAAACACCAUCACAUCAGCCAGCCCAGAAGAAGAUCUGAAGUUGUUUAGAAACAUCCAAGGCCCUGGCAUGCACAUGAACUGGCCACAUUUUGAGGAGUACAACCCUGACCUCUCUCACAGCAUCUCUAAGAGAGAUAAGUCAAAGAGAGGAAAUGAUGGGGUCAUGCUCACUAACAUCACCUCUGCAGUGGACCACGUUCAAGCUGGGGACAGUGGAAGUGUGAGCAGCUACGAGAAGACCCAGGCUGGCACCGGCUCCACAGAUUGGUCCGACGAGGACCAGUCCGCCCCGAACUCGGGCAACGACACCAACGGAGGGCCGAACCCCUUUGAGGAGGACGUGGGCAGAGGCGUGAGAGUCAAAGCGCUGUACGACUACGAAGGCCAAGAGCAGGACGAGCUGAGCUUCAGAGCAGGUGACGAGCUGACGAUGCUGGAAGAGGAGGAUGAACAGGGCUGGUGCAAAGGCCGCCUAGACAACGGCCAGCUGGGUCUUUACCCGGCCAAUUACGUGGAGCCCAUCUAAGCGUCCCAGCUGAGGAUUGCUUGCCUCGCUGGAGUUGGAAACCCAGACUGAAGCGUCCGCUCAUAACUGCACAUUGCCAGAGACUUCAAAGCAAAGCUUUUCUCAGUGAGCUAUCUUCAUCCUCAUCAAGGAGAACGCUGUUCAAAAUCCCCCCCAGAUACUUACAAUGGAAACUAAAUACCGUCCGCUCCGUGUGUGUUGCUGAGUUAAAUCUCUUUCAGGAUGCUAACCUGCCACACAGUGUGCUCUUUACUCCGAAUGCUUUGGUGUCAUCAGUUGUGCCAGGGCAGCGACAAUGAGCCAUGUUCUGUAUUUCAUGUACAUAUUUUAAUCCCUUUUUUACAGCCUGGAUGCUUGUACAGUUUGUUUCCUCGUUGAAAACAGUGUUUUUCUUCCAUUGUAUUUACUCCACAUGUUUCGCCUGAAAGGAAUUGUUGGAUGUUUUUAGGAAUAUUUUUUCUUUCGUCUAUUGAGUUGGAUGGGAAGGUUUGAACCACUUCUCCUAAUGUGAAGCGGUUCGUCCAUAUUCAUCCGUCAAACAACUAACAGCACCUAGAGAAAAAAGACGCGACAAAGUUCCUUAAAGAACAUUUAUCACAAUGAGCAUAUGCAUCACCAGAUCUAUGGACUUCUUUGUUCACUAGUUUUC